AUGGUGGUGCGGAAGCGCGCUUCCUCAGACUUUACCCACUCCUCCACUUCAUCUGCCAGCACGGCAUCGUCUCUCAAACCGCCUUCUGCGUUUGGCGACGAAAUAUACAGCGCCGACGACGAGGAGGACGCCAUGUCCGCAGACGACUUUGCGCCCUCGCGGCCAUUGUCUGUCGCAAUACCGUCCGUGGGGGCACAUGGGCCACACUGCCCACGGCGCCCGAAUUUACGAGAAAUACUGGCCAACACAUCGCCGCCGCCAUGGACACUAGCGGCCUUCAUGGCCUAUCUGUCAAAUAACCACUGCUUAGAAACACUGGAGUUCACCAUGGAUGCCGGACGAUACAAGAAACAUUACGCGAAGAUGCUAUCCCGGGCACAAGAAGGUGCAAUGCCGCCGGUGAAGGACAGGGAGUAUGUCCAAGCACUAUGGCAGCGGCUGGUGGAGGCUUACAUACAGCCCAAUGGGUCGAGAGAGGUCAACCUGCCCUCUGACGUGCGAGAUCCGAUCAUAAACCUCAAGCCUGGCGAGCUACCUCCUGCGCCUGAAAAGCUCGAUCCUGCCGUCGCCAAAAUCUACGAACUCAUGGAGGAGUCAGUGCUGGUCCCAUUCCUGAACAGCGUCUACCCGCAGACCGCCCACCCAACGACAACAUCUUCCUGCCCGAUGGGUGCAUAUGAUACUUCCGACGACAACAUUCCCACCACAUCGCGUACACACGACGACCGCCACAGUAUGUAUGGCCGACGAUCGAGAUAUGGACGCAGCUCGCCGCCGCCACAAACAGCGGUCGAGCCUCACGCAUACUCCUACUCAUCGCCCUCGCGAUACCGACAAUCAGCCCCUCUACCUCUCACAGCUCCGCCACAAAAGUCGCGCUUUAGUGUGAGGCUGACACCAUCGACCUCUUCGCCGGCGGCACCCCUGUCCGCCUCGACCAUUGACGAAACGGUCGCAACAGGACCCGAUGCCACACUAUCCGGGUCCGGAUCUGGUGGCGCUGGGAUGACAACGGACGAUAGCGGAAGUACUAGCAGCCCUACGAAUGAAGGCCCAAUGACGCCGCCGAUGAGUCCGCCUGGAAGCGACGUGCAAAGUCCCAAGCGUGAUUCCGGCAUGUGGAAGAAGCUCGGGAGGCUGAGCGGGAUGAAGGUCGGGAAGAAGAAGAGCCAAGGCGCUCUUCCGAGCGCGGUGUCAAGCCACUCAACUCAGCGGAGCUUGUGA